GUUACUUAAAAAAAAAAAGAAGGAAGGAAAACGGCACAAGAAGAAAGAGGAAGAAGAAGCAAAACAAAAGUGAGAAAAGGGAUCGAGAGACCAAAUAAGAAUUAUCAGAUAUAUGGAAGGAGAAAACAAUAACAUGAGCGGCAACGAGGUGUACAAAGAAUGCCUGAGGAACCAUGCAGCCAGCCUCGGCAGCUACGCCACCGACGGCUGCGGCGAGUUCACCCUCCACGACACCGCCGCCGCCGCCUCCUCUCCUCUCUCCCUCCAAUGCGCCGCCUGCGGCUGCCACCGCAACUUCCACCGCAAGCUCACCGCCGCCACGUCCAGCUACAUGGUGGACGAAUACGGAGGAGACCAUAGGCUCCGGCAGCCGUCGGUGGGGCCGGAGGAGAGGCGGAGCGGCGGCGGAGGGAGGAAGAGGCACCGGACGAAGUUCACGGCGGAGCAGAAGGAGGAGAUGAUGGGUUUCGCGGAGAAGCUCGGGUGGAGGCUGCACCGGCAUGUCAGCGGCGGUAGCGACGAGGUGGAGAGGUUCUGCAGAGGGAUUGGCAUCAGCCGCCACGUGUUCAAAGUCUGGAUGCACAACCAUAAAAAUUCUUCUAAUAUCUCUUCUAUUUCUUCUCCUCCUCUUGAUCUGUAUAACAACAAUUCGUCUACUUCCAUUAAUGCUACUACUACUACUACUGCAAAUGCCUCCUCUCUUACCACUCAAUGACAUUUACACAUAGAUCUUACAUGUAUAUUGUUUCUGUUUGCAUGAUGGGAUAUAUGUAAGAAUAGGUUCCAAAUCUUUGAUGGAUUCUUGUUGUUCAAUUAACAAGCACUAUAACAGUAUUUGUUGUAAUUUGAAAACAUAUUAUAUAUAUAUGCCCCGCCCCGAUUGAUAAUUAUGAGGUCUCGCGUUGGAGAAGUGGCUAUAAAUCUCUGUAAUCUGU